AUGGAACUCUGCACUCGAACCUUCACAAGUUUCCUUCUUUUCAACCCUUCUUUCUCUUCAAACUCUCUUCUUCUCCGUGCUAAUGCCAACGCUACACCGUUUAAAUUCAAUUCCCUUAAACUAUCGUCUUUUUCGCCUCAUAUUCAUCUCUUUCGGCCCUUUAUCUCUCCUCACACUUCUUCUUCUUCCUUUACCGUCUCAGCUGCUUCUUCCUCUUCCUCAGUUGCAGUUGGCACAGAACAGGACCGUCUUCCAGCAGAACUGAAGGUCACUGAAACAGAGCAACCCAAUUCCAGUGUUAGAUUGCAUGUAGAGGUGCCAUCAUUGGUAUGUGAGGAUUGUUACAAAAGGGUCAUAGCAGAGUUUAUGAAGCAAGCAAAGAUCCCUGGAUUUCGGCCGGGAAAGAAAGUUCCAGAAAGUAUUCUUAUUAGUUAUGUUGGGAGUCAAAAUGUUCAGAAGGCUACUAUUGAAUCUAUAUUAAGGAGGACACUUUCUCAUGCUAUGACAUCGGUUACUGGAAAGGCUUUGCAGGACUCAGUACGUAUAGUUACUAAGUUUUCUGAGAUGGAGGAGACAUAUUCUUCUCUUGGGUCUCUUAGAUAUGAUGUCAUUGUUGAUAUUGCACCAGAAAUCAAAUGGAUUCCUGAUAAUAAUGCAUUCAAAAAUUUAAAGAUUGUUGUUGAGAUAGAUAGCGAUAUAGAUGCUCAAAGAGCAUCUGAACAAGAAUUUAGAAGGCGUUACAAGUCCAUUGGUGCCCUGAAAGUGGUUACUGACAGAGGGCUACAGGUUGGUGAUGUUGCUGUUAUUGACAUCUCAGCUACAACCAUUGAUCAAGAUGAAUCAAAUAUUAAAAAUAUUCCCUCUGCCGAAAGUAAAGGCUUUAAUUUUGAUACAGAAGACGGCGACAAAGUAUUACCAGGUUUCCUUGAUUCAAUAAUUGGAAUUCACCGUGGUGAAUCAAAGUCUUUUCCUCUUGUAUUUCCUGAAACAUGGAAGCAAGAAAGUCUUCGUGGUGUUCAUGCUCAGUUUACUGUUGAAUGCAAAGAACUUUUUUACAGAGAUUUACCCGAACUUGAUGAUUCUAUUGCUGAUAAGCUUCUCCCUGGAUGCACCACUCUGGAGCAGGUCAAAGACUUCUUGUUUCAGAGAUGCCUAGAGGUGGAGCAAACAGCUAGAGAACAAGCAACUGAUAAUGCUAUCUUAGAUCAAAUUUCUAAGAUGGUAGAAGUUGAUAUACCUCAAUCCUUGUUUGAGGAACAAGGUAGGCAGCUUUAUGGAGCCAACCUAUUAGAAAUACAGGCAAAAAUGAAACUAAAUGAGCAACAGCUGGCAUCUCUCUCAAGUCCAAAGGCUGUGAACCAAUAUCUUGAGCAUCAGAAGGAAAAUAUAACAAAUUUGAUAAAACAGAAUCUGGCAGUGGGUGAUAUAUAUAGGCGCGAAAAUCUGCAGUUUGCUACUGAGGACCUCGUCAAAGAGGUUGAGAAUUCCAUUGCUGAAUUCAAACGUCAAAAACAAGAAUAUGAUGAGGAACGGGUGAAGGAUCAGGUUCAAGAAAUACUAGAAGGAGCUAAAGUGCUUGAAUGGUUGAGAGAACAUGCAGAGAUUCAGUAUAUAACUAGAUGA